GGGUCUCCAACAAGCCUCUAUUGCGCAUCUAGAAAUAGAGAAACCACCACAAUAUCCAUGUAAAAUUAUCUGAUGAGAUUAUCAUUCAAUUCUUCACACCAGGACAGGGCAGGUCAAAGAGUUGUUCUAGAUAGUUAGAGUUUGUAUUGGACAUUUCUCGAUUUCUCCGGAUGCAUUCACCGGUGGUUUUCAACUGUGUCGAAUGCGCGCUUCGGAGGGAGUUCCAGAACGCAGUUAUAAACGGUUGGAGCGCGUCCCGGUUGUCGGCUUGGCUCCGUCUGUCAGUCAGGCGGUCUGUUAGAUCCCGGAGAGAGAGAGAGAAAGAGGGGGCUUGAUUGAGUAGGGGACGAUGAUGGCAAUAGCGAAGAUACCGUGGCUACUUCUCCUCGAGAUGGGAUUGUACGCCAGUUGUUUCGUUUGUGGAAUCGUCACGGCAGCUUCUCUCACUAUCACACAGGGGAGUUUCAGUGGUCUCUGUAUCCUGUAUGGGACAGUAAAUCACAACUCGUCAUCAGACUCCCUAUUGGUCCAGACCUCCAGCUCUCCCUCGCUCUGUUACUUUGUCUCUGCCAUCUCAGUGUGUGUAGCAGUGUUCUGUUUCUCUAUAUCACUGUACUGGAUAUAUACAUGCUGUCUGGAUGGAGGGGUUAACAGAGAGCGUCUAUGGCUCAACGUGACCCUGGUGGUGUGUGGCGUGUUUCUCUUCUUCCUCCUGCUGACGGGCUGUGUGUUGAAAAGAGGAAGAGACUCUCUGUGUGACUCUGUCCUACACGCUGUCCCCAACAUCACCAGCUGUGAAGAGGCUCAGUCUAGGACCUGGAUCAGUCCUUACACUGGAACACAGUUCUACACUGGACUGUACAAUGCUGGGACUGCGGUGUGGGUUAACUUCUUUUUCUGGAUUCUGAUUGGCGUGCUGGUAGUGAUCCAGAGAGGUCAAGGGUCCGAGUUUAGAAUGACGGCGGCCGACCCCUUAGCCACGCCCUCUGAGACAGAACCUUUCUUCCCACGCCAGGCCCGGCCCCAGUGACUCAUAACCGUCUCGCCUUACGACCUGUUGGCUAGACACAUGUGGAGACACGCACACACACACACACUCCUCACUGUCUGACCUGUUAGUAGAGAAUGAAUGAACCUCACCCUAUGUAUGUUUGAGAGAGUCCUCCUCACACACACACACACACACACACACACACACUCCUGGGGUCAGUGUCUAUGCGGAUCUCUGGUUCUGAGUACUGCGCCCCAGUGAAGCAGAGAUGGCCUAGCUGAUUUAAGGCAGCAUCUGUCUCUUCAAGGAUAUAACAAGAAUAUACUAAUGGUAACACGUAGAGCCACUGUAGCUUUCUCUGUGGUCACUCCAUCCAGUGCCUUGCACUGUGUGUGUGUGUGUGUGUGUGUGUGUGUGUGUGUGUGUGUGUGUGUGUGUGUGUGUGUGUGUGCGAGACUCCCACUACGGACCACUGCCAAACCAAGGCGACUGGACCACAGUCAGCUUUCAGCAAUGUCACACUGUCCUCCAGACAGACCUUAUAAUGCCUUACUGACCACUGACACAAAGCAACCAGUUUGUUACAGCGUUCGCUUUCUGCCUGCACUUACUUAGAUAGUUUUUUUUAAUUAUUAUUAUUAAAAACCAAAAACAUGUAUUUUAGUUUGAGUGAAUGAAUUAUUGUUGCCAUUGCUGAUACUGUAUUGUUGAAUCUUUUUACAGAACUUUAUGAAAACAGGUAUCGACCAUCCAAUAAAGAUACAUUUUUUUAUUUGUCA